UAAAACCAUAUCGUACGCUAUCGAAUGCAAUCAGUAUUUGCGGACGCUGUUCGGAUGUCGAAAGGUUUCGCAGGCACGAUUCUUUAGGAUAGGAUUAAUUCAUAAUUAGUAAAUCAAUCGUUCUUAAGUAGCAAAUAACGACGCUCAAAGUAUUAUUUCGACAUGUCUAACUACAAACAAGAAUUCAACAAGCCAAUCGAUUCAAAGCGAGAGGAGUUCAGAAAAUAUUUGGAACGUGCCGGAGUUAUGGAUGCUUUGACAAAGGUGCUGGUUUCGUUGUACGAGGAGACCGAAAAGCCCGAUGACGCUUUAGAAUACGUCCGAAAAAAUUUGGGCGGCAUAACGGACGCAGUAUUAGAAACCGAGACACUGAGGAAAGAGUUGGAAGAGGCAAGGAUGACGAUCACUAGUUUGAAAGAGAAAUUAGUCAAGUAUGAGUCUGACGAAGGAGCGGAGUAACAAGUUCUUGUGGCAAUACAAGUCGUCAAAUACUAGUCCGUUGCUUGUCUUACGCGUUAAGCUGGACAGAAAACUAAAAACCUGAAGAAAAGAAAUAUAAACAUAUAUAUAUAUAAAAAUAUUCCAACUACCGAUGUGCCUUAAUUAUUAUAUGUCUAGGAGUGAACUUUCAAAACUUAGUAUUAAAAUUGUAACGUGUAGACAUUCUGAGAAAUGUGUUAUUUCCAUUAGAAGUAGGCAUAGUACAUUCUUUACUAGAAGUGGAACAUCGGUCGAUUAAAACGUCUAGCUGCGUGUUGAGAUGGUUUGGCAAACAAGUUCAAAACUAAAUAUUAAACCUCUUCGCUUUUCUCUUGACUUUCAUCAUUCGUUCCUAUUCAAGAAAAGAUAAAUGGCAUUUGUUACGUACUAUCUGCAUAGUACAUACCAUUAAAUAUUAUU